AAGUUGAAUUUUGGGAUUCAUCAGCUGAGUCAUCAGUUGGUCAGCUACUGUCCCGAUGACUCAGAGCUUCAGUUUCAAUCAGUUUACUGAUUUCAACAUGGCGGCGCCUGUCUCAGGAACAGUGGUGCACCUCGUUUCGUCCAUUGUUUUUACAGUUUAUGAGUUAACGUCAGUGUCAAUCACAGAUCCAAACCAUAUCUCCCCAGCUCAGCCUACCUUCACCAGCCCCACUCCUUUUUUUUGUUUGUUUUGCAUUUUUCAAAUCAUGGGCUGAGAGUGGAGUCAGCAUCCAACUGCCCUGUUGGGUUACCCUUUAAUUUCUAGAUACACACUACUAUAAACUACACAAUGUACAUGAUUACAAUACGCUAAAAGGCUGUGCAUAUCUGCUAUAAAAAAUAACAACACCAUUGAAAUAUAUUAAUGUAUAUGUUAUUGGGGUUCCUUGCACUAAAUAUUUCUAGUUGGGCUUUAUGGCCAAAUACACAUUACUUUGGGGGGUCCUUGACUUGAACACAGAUUUAAAAUCACUGCUUUGGCCACUACCUUGGCCUAUGUCAUAAGUAUUUUUAUUUGUAUAUUUUCAGGAUUUGCAAACACCACAGCCACAAAGGAAGGAAACUGAAGAGGUCUGUUAGACACAAAUCUAUAUUCAGCAAAUCAAAGGUCUCCCUCUUCAACUGGAUGCGGUUUCUCUACAGAUUUGCACAAGGCCUGCGCCUACGUCAAGUGGACAUGAUAAGUGACGACAUUUCUGGGAGCUCAGCAACACUGUCCAAGAUGGCUCGAAAGCUGCGAGAUGUUUGCACCACUGCAAUGGACAGAUAUCAGCAAGCAAGAGGCCAGUACAUCGGGGGGCAGGAGCAGUUUGUCACAGUUGAUGAGAGCCACUUUAGACAUAAAAGAAAGUAUGGACGGGGACGAAUGGCUGGUGGGUGGAAGAGGAAGAAGUGGGUGUUUGGGAUGCUAGGUGUUGACCGGAGGGGGAGAAGACAUGCUAAACCUAUUCUUCGCUUGGUCGAGAGAAGAAGAAGGAGAGAUCUGGUGCCGCUUAUAGCUCACCAUGUCAAAGUAGGCUCUACAAUAAUAAGUGACGAAUGGCGGGCUUAUCACAAUGCUUUACCUGAGCUAGGUUACACUCAUUUCACUGUCAAUCACAGUGUGUCAUAUGUCGAUGCCCAAACAGGUGCACAUACUCAACACAUAGAGAGGGCCUGGAGAACAGUUAAGGAAAAUGUGUGGAGACUCAGGGGAAAUCGUACAGAAGAGUUACUGUUAGACCAUCUCAGAGUUAUUGAAUGGCAUGAGUGGCUUGGCCGUCAACAUCGCAAAGGGCCGCUAGGACGGGUAAUCCAUGACAUUGCUGUGAUGUAUGGACAUUAAAAGAUCUGUUUGACCAGCGUUCUGCUCAAAAAGUUCUAAAAUUCCGUUUUAUUUAUGCUGAUCUGCCAUGUGACGACUCAGUAUGUGUGGAAAAGGAAUAAACAGUGUUCAACACUUAACUUGUGGUGUUUCUUUGGUCAAGUACGGUAAACAGAAAAGUUAUUAGU